UUAUGAUUAUAACAUCUAAUAGAACUGAACUUAGUGCUGUUGCAUUGAAAGAAGAAACUGGUUAUAUGAAUGAUCCAAAAGAUUUUUAAGGAAUGAGUAAUUACAUCUAAUAAUUAUUAUAAACUUCUUAAAAAUAUCCAUAAGCUGAUUUAUUGAGAAAGAUUAUCAUGUUAAAUGCAGGAAAAUAAAUGAGAAUUAUUAAUGAACAUGAAAGUAUUUAUUAUGCAUAAGUUUAAAAUGAUGCGUUUUUUGCACUUUUGGAUGUUAUUUCUAGAUUAUUCAUUGAUCCACUAUUUACUAAAUAAUAAAUGGAUAGAGUAUUAUAGAAUCUUCAUGCUCAAUGGAAGAGUAUGGAAUUAUUUGAUUAUUCAUAAUAAUUAAUUUCCAAAAGCAGACAUCCAUAUAGUUAAUUUUAUACAGGGAAUUUAAAAACUUUAUUUGAAAUCCCUGAAAAUGAAGGAAAGAAUCCAUAUAUAGAAGCUAAGAAAUUUUAUCGUUCUAAAUAUUCAGCUAAUAGAUUAUCUAUUGUUAUUUAUACUAAUGAAGAAUUAAAAAAAAGAGUUACAGAAUUAUUAUUUGAAUAUUUUAAUGGAUGUGUAGAUAAAUAAUUAUAAAAAAUUACAUAUAAAUAAUUUGGAUUGCCUUUAAAGAAUUAAAGAUUUUUUUAUAUUCAAAGUAAAGUUAAAGAGUUGAGAAUUGAAUUUGAUUUUGAUAUUGAGAAUAAUCAUUUAACAAAAUCAUUGGAAUUUGUGAUUUUAAUGUUAAUGAAACAAUUUGAAAAAAACUUUUGUGAUGAAAUGUUUGAAAAAAAAUUAGCUUUUAAAUGUUAUUAUACAUUAAAAGAAAUACCUAAAGAAUUUGCAAUUUUUAAAAUAUUUCUUCAUUUACCUAAAUAAACUAAAAUUGAUGAAAUUCUCAAUUCCUUAUAUAAAAGAAUCAAUUACUUAAAACAAUAAGAUAAUUUAGAAUAAUAUUGGGAUCAUCUUCUUUUGACAUAAGAAAUUAAUUUUUAAUAUUCUAAUUAUGAUAUUGAGAAUAUCAUAUAAUUAUCAUCUAAUCUAAAAUAAUAUUUUUCAAAGGAUAUUUUACAAAAUAAAUUACUUAAGAAAUAUGAUAAGGCAGCUAUUUCUCAUGUAUUACAAUAGAUGGAACCAUAAAAUAUGACAAUCAUAUUGUUAGACAAUUUUUAUGAUUCCUAUUAAGUUGAUAUGGGAUUUAUGAAAUUUGGUAAUUCUUUUGCCUAAUAAUCUCAUUGUAUAGAAGAAAAGAAGAAAAUAUUCAAAGGCAAAGUCAAAAAAAGAUAUAGAGUUUAUGAAGAUGAAAUUAAUGAUCUAAUUAUUGAUAGAGAUCAUCCUAUUGAUUUAUCUGAAGAAGAAGAAUUCAUAGUUGAACCAGAUGAUGUCAUCUAAACAGAAUAAGAUUAUGAUAUUGAUAAAGGAUAUUCAAUACCUGAAAUUGAGAAUUUUUCUUAUCAUUAACUCUUUGGAUUACAUUCUUUUGAAGCUGGAAUUACAGCAAAUACUGUUCAAAAACUUUUAAAUAUCAAGGAUACAUCACUUAAAAUAGUAGAUGACUCUCAUAUUCCAACUAUAUUUGAAUUAUUACCUUAAUCUCCUGAUAAUUAAAUUAUAAAGAAAAAAAAGAAAAAUUUUAAAUAUCCUGAAUUAUUGAUAACUACUUAAGCAGGAAAUUUAUGGCAUAUUUAAGAUACAAUAAAUGGUGUUCCAAAAGUUUAAUUUAGAGUUUUAGCUAGAUUUUUAGAUUUUGAAAGUUUAGGUGAAAACUUUAUAGCAAAAGAAAUUGUUAAGUUGAAUUUUAAGAUUCCAAAAGGUUUUAAUGUUGCUUCAAUUUAAAUAGAUAUUGGUGUUGGAUAAAUUGAAAUUAUUGUAUAAUGUUUUACUUAAUAAAUAGAAGAAAUUGCUAAAUAAGUGAUGAAAAAUUAUUAAGAAGCUUUCACAAUUAAUAAGGAAGAUUUUUAAUGGUAUAUAGAGAAUUUAGAAUAUUAAGAUAGAUAUUGGGAGAAGAAUACUACAACUAUAGAAAAAGCUUUGUUUUAUGCUAAAUAAAUUCUAACUAAUUCACAAGAAUUUUAAUAACAUAAAUAUGAUGUCAAAUUUGAGAAAAUAUAAGAAACUUUAAAGAAAUUAUGGGAUAAUCAAAGAUUUGAUAUCUUACUUUAUGGAAAUAUUGAUGUUGAUUCUUCAAAAUCAUUAUUUGAAUCAAUUAUUCCAAAAGGAUAGAGUAAAAGUAAAUCAUUUUUUACUGAAGAAACUUUUAAAUUAUCAAAAAGGGCUAUUACAUAUAGAUUGGCUAAAUUAAAAUCUGAGAGCAUUGUCACUCUUAAUCUUUAUUAAGGAUCUGAUCCUAGUUUGGUAUAAUAUGUAUAUAUGAGACUUUUACAAAGACUGAUGAAAUUUCAUAUUGAAGAUUAUCUAUUUAAUUAAUUGUAAUUAGGAUUUGCAGUCGAUGUUUCAUUAAUAUAAGUUAAUCAUAUUGAUUCAAUUGUUAUAAUAGUUUAAAGUAAUUCUUAUGAUCCUGAAGAAAUAGACUUUUAUAUUGAAGAGUCAUUGGGCUAUUUUGAAUCAUUUUUGAAUAGACUUCCUGAUAAAGAUUUUGAUGGGUAUUUAUAAUUUAUAUUUAUUAUUAGCAUCAAAUAUGCAAUCUAAAAAUAAUUACAACAAGUUCCUAAUACAUUAGAAUAAUAAGCUGAAAUAGUUUGGAGUUCAAUCAGAGAUGGAUCUUAUUACUUUACUUAAAGAGAAUGUACAAUUUUAGCUUUGGAAAAGAUAUCAAAAUCUGAUCUAAUGAAAUAUUUUUUGAUUUUCUUUAAGGCUAGAAAUUCCAAAUUGUCUUUGUAACUUUUUAAAGAAGGAGCAUAAAUUCCAAUGGAAGUUUUAAGAGAAUAGGACACUUUUGCAUAGAAAACAUCAGAUUUAAUUUUAAAUUAGGAAUAAUUUUAAUAGGCAAUUAAGGAGACUUACAAAUUCAAAUCAAAAUAUAUAGAAUAAGCACCUUCACAUAUGUGUUGA